AAUUUUUUUGCACAAUGCCUGUUGUCAGUGCUGAAAUCAAGUGUUGCUCUGUUUUCACCUGGAAACGGCGGGAGGAGAAUAUGAAGCUCAGACCAGAGCUGUCACUGAUAUGGUACAAGGAUGUGGCUGGCACAACACAUGUCUGCUGACCACGAUGCUCGUGGCUGCGACAUUGCUGCCGUCGGGAUUAGUGGACGCGUACAAGAGCUGCCAGUACCUCAGGAAUGACACGUUCGACGACCGGAGAGAGCGCAACGGUUGGAUUGGCUUCGGCACGGAUGCCUCUGAAGGCUGGACUCUCACCACCACGUCGCCGCCCGGCAUACUAGCGCCGCGCGCCGACCAUUCGUCCGGCCUAGGGCUCUAUGCGUACAUCAACACCGCCCAACUCCUUACAUCCAGGUCAUCUUCACAGUACACACUAAAGUCGCCCACGCUCUCCAACCCGAAUCCGUACCAAGGGGAUUGCUACGUCAGCUUCUACUACAGCAUGAACGGCCAGGGAAAUCGUACACUAGAGCUAUACGAGAUUCUUCAACCAGGCCCAGAGCGUCUGCUGUGGGCCCACAAGGGUUCCCAGUGCACCAAUGGCGGCUGGACUUUCGCCGAAGCGCGCAUACCUACUAGCAAGGUGUCUGAGCUGGUUGCUUCCGGAGCGAAUUCUCUGGCUAGUUUUGCGAUUGGCUUCGCCGUUCUCUUCUCGCAUGGCAUCGACACACCACCGUUGGUUGGAGAUAUCGCGCUGGAUGACAUUAACAUACGCUGCUGUUCCGGCUGCGCAGUUCCCUCCAUCUUGUCGACUGCCACGUUCGAGAGCAGCAGCAACGGUUUCACGUCGGACCCGACGGGCGACCUGAGCUUCCAACGGCACCGCGGACCCGGGCCGAACGAGGGCACUGGGCCGGCGGUCGAUCACACCAUCGGCCACCCUGGCUGUCAGAACAGCGACGGCCAUUACUUUUUCGUGGACUCCUCAUUCCCUCGGCCUUCCGGCCGCGCUUCACUUCUCUCCCCUACCUUCGCCGUUCCCGGUCUGCACAAGGACUCCGUUUGCUUUCUUUCACUCUUCCUGAGCCUGUAUGGUACCGGAAUAUCUCGCAAUACCAUCGAGGUUAUAACCGGAAACAGUGUGGUGAGCUCGUGGACCAUUAACGGAGAUCGCACCGAUGCUAACAGUUGGUUCCCCUGGGCUGGCUGGUUCUCGCCGACUGGCACGUUUCAGAUAAAUGUUACGGUCGAGCUCGGCUUUCACUCCCGCAGCGAUGUCGCAGUUGAUGACGUGCAUGUCAGCUGCUGCAGAGACUCAUGCCACCACUUCCAGACCAUGGACUUUGAGGGCGGCGACAACAGCUUCACGGCCCCAAAUGGUUCUGACCCCUCUUGGUUUCGACUAGCCGAUACCGAGGGGGGUGGACGCUUCUUUCCCCACAACCACGUCCUGCAAACUUCGUUGUACGUGCAAACAUCUACACCUCGCCACACCACCAGUGUGACUUUGGCACUCCCGUUUCGUGACGACCUCGAGUACCACUGUCGCACCAAGUUCCUGCUCUUCAUAGACUACCCGCGGCCCGGUGCAGUCGAAGUCCAGCUGGCCAGGCCGGACAGCGACUCUUCGCCUCGCGUCGUCUGGACUCUGGGCGGUCAGCCGCGGUCGCUGGACGCCGAAGAAACGUUCUGGUUCAAUAUCGCCGUCAACGUCUCUCGCCAGUUUAAGUUGACAUGGUUUGCCAACCCGGCCGGCAACACCGUGACGACGCUGAAGCUGGACCGGAUCCAGGUGGCGUGCUGUCCGAUGGGCAGCGAAGGCGCCAUCACGCAGCAGCCGACAGUCCCGCCCACUUCACCGGCCGUCGGCGAGGUGACGUCAGCGACAGCUCAGCCGACGCUGGCGACGCCGGCGACGCCGUUCUUCGGAUCCUGGCUGUCCAUUGCCGUCCUGGGCGGUAUCCUGUUCGUCCUAGCCAAUGUGGUGGUUAGUAUCCUGUGUUACAAACGAUUGAAGAUAAGGAAAGGCCGACUGCAAGAUAGUCCGUUGGGACUGCAGAUCGACACCAGGCAGAGUUCGGAGAAUAUGGACGAGUUUGUUGAAUCGCUCGGCAUGGCAACAGGUGUGGAACAGGAGACUAAAUUGAUCGCCCAGGAGGCUAGGGUUGCCAGCACGUCUCCAACUGACCCCGAAUCUCAGGGCCCACUCAGCGUAAUCCGUGGCUCUGAUCGUGGAAGACAAGUUCGCCUUCGCAGGGCUGACACUAGCCAAACAGUUCUUGAAUAUCCUCAUCUCGAAGAGAUCGGCACAGAUGCUAUACAGUCCAUGCCGGUGUACGAAGAGAAAGAACACAUGGCCGGUCAACUCCAGAGGAGCAUACGCAAACUGAAUCCGCUCCAACGACGCGGGAGUGCUGAUAAGAAGGGUGAAGACGGCUGGUACCUGGCACGCACGGGGCAGCCUUCCACCGCCAGCUCCUGGGGCAGAGGCUCAAGUUCUGAAACCAUUCAGUCUGAGCAAAUGUCGGGUGCAUCGAUUUUGACGGCUCCCCGCAGUGCGCCAUUUUCUACUAUACAAGGAGGUCGCGUCAGUGACAUUGCCGCGCUCAUGCCUGUACCAGAGCCCCAGGCAGACGGCACUCGGGAACCCAUGCCUCUACCUCGCAACCCGGUGGUGGAGAAACGGGAGCCCAUGCCGCUACCGCAGGGAGCCGAGAGCAUGAAGAGCGUGCCGCAAUCCAGCUACGCGCGCCUCCACACACACCACGGACGUAGCAUUCGCGGUGGAGAGCGCAAGAGAGCGUUCUCAAAUCGUCCCAGCUCCGUUCGCAGUGCUUCACAGUCAAGCUGGCAUGGCAAAAGAUCAACUUCCGACGGUGCGGAUGCGGAAUACAUUCCGGGUGUGUCCCUAAUGUCGGAUCUAUCAUUCAGCCGGCAGUCUGUGUUUUCUGAAAUGCCUGAAGAUUCCGAGCGCAAGCGGAAAGCGUCUUCACAAGACUACGAGCGCCUUCAGCGCGGCAUAAUCCGUAGCAGUUUCGGUACCGAGCGGAAGCGAAGGCCCAUCUCCAGUCUGGCCAGCACUAGUCGUCCUACCUCACAGUCUAGCUGGCAUGGAAAAAGAUCAACUACUGAUUCUGAAUACAUUCCGAGUGAAUCCAUAAUGUCGGAUCUUUCCUACGACCAGCAAUCCGUGUUCUCUGCAACAGAGCCUGAGCCGAAGCCAACUGCCAAGCGACAUUCCUUCCCAUCGUGUCCUGAGAAAAAGCCCUCAUUAAUGCAGCCGACUCUCAGCAACAGACGGAAUACGUUCCCACUGAUUCAGGCCGACAACUUUGAAGGCCUGAAGGCAUGUGUUCAGUUCCGCUUGCAGCUAAAUCUCCGUAAGAAGCGACGUUCCUGCCAAAACGCUUUGGAUGAUGUCGAUGACAUGACGCCAAACCCUCUGUACCAAUCAUCACGUAAAACUAGCAACUCUGUGUACGACUACAACCGUUCACAACAUCGAUAUCGAAGCAGUGACGGUUCGGGAAAGAGGUACUCGAGCAUUUCGAAUUCGGCGGGUUCAAGACAAAGUACAUCUCAACCAAACCCCCUCUAUGAAGAGGUUGGCACCCCAGGCAGUAGUGCGGCCGGCUCCGCAGUGGGCUCCGCACAUCUGCACAUGUACAGCCGUUUAGCAUCACCACUAGGCUUGAGUGGCAUCGCAGGUGCCAGUGAAGAGAGAAUUGACAGUCAACUUUCAACAGGUGCUAGGCGUAACGCUUUGCAGCAGACAAAACAACAGAGCGCGCAACAUCAUGGUUCACAUUGUCCUUUCGGCAACCUGGACGAUAUGACGCCCAAUCCCAUUUACUGGCGAAACUUCGCUCCACGGUAUACCCUGGAGAGCGGAGAUGACAUGAAGGUAAACCCACAAUAUGAGAAUGUUGAAUGGCCAAACCAGUCAGCUCCUCGCACUCCCAGCAGCCUGAAGGACCGUGAUACGUACAGCGGUGUACACACGCUAUGUCCGCAUAGCACAGCCAGUGCCGGCAAGCGGAGAUUUGACGAUGCAGCUCCAGGGAGAGCUGGGUGCACAACUCCGCGGGAACAUAAAGCUUCUAAAAGCCAUUCCGCGCCGACAGGUUCUGUUAUCACUGAGGGCAACAAGCCGUCUCCUCCAACUAUAAAAUGGCAUUCCGACCCAAUAUGGACUAGAAGGGAGGUGGACGACCAAAUGCGCGUUGAACUUAUGACCGGACUGUACCCCGUAGCAAAACGGCGUCGCUACGACACCGAUGACAACAAGCCAAGCUCAAUGUCUGGUGGAGCAAGCAGUAAUGACAGCAGCACAGACGUUGAUAGCACACAGAAAGAAACUGCCUCUUUAGGAGACUACCAGUCCCCUGAAUACAGCCAAACGGAAAACGACAACACUCCCUGAUCUAGCCGUACGAUGGGAGCCGUGGGGUAUGUGAUGGAAGGUAAAAUAGCCAGAAUGAUUCAGCUCAUCACAGCCAGCAAUAUAAGACCAAAACAACAAUGUCAACAUCUCCACUGCCGUUCGCAUCUCUGAAUAUCACGGUGUAAUCAGCAGUAGCCUGUCCGAUAGAUGGACAGCUAAUUCGACUAGACAACAACAAUGACAUCGCCAUGACAUCAUCAUGACAUCACACCAAACACCUCGAUGACAUCGUGCACAACCAACACCGACGAUGAUGACGUCAAGCACGGAGGAUACCGUGCCUGGCGAGAGCGCCCGGUGCCUGGGCAAGUCUACCUGCGCACGUUACUGGUAGACGGGCGCGAGCGCUCACGGUCCACGUCAGGUGUCUGACCCACACGUCGAAUCCAUUGCCGAAGCAUAACUCGUCUAAUUCUCUAUGCCAGCACAUGCUCUGCAUGAGCUGAUUAUCCUGAGUCCGCCGGACACCGAGCGUAGGAACUUUUUUUCCCCCGAAACUAGAGGAAGCGUCUUGUCUCGCCGCUGCGUUUGCUCCCGUGCUGCACACAAUAUCGUGUCAGCACGGGCGGGCAUUGCAGCUAGUCGACGCUAGACUAUUUUCCGACAACUUUCCAGUGUAAACCCGCCGAGCUUGUCCCCCCACUAUGAAUUGCUCGUUCUUUUUUUAACAAAAUAGCUUGUUACAAUUUUUGUGUUUCUUGCAAUCGACAAAAUGGAGCGUGCAAACAGAUCCCCCGCACAUCAACCCAUGCAGAAGAGUGUUCAAAAUAGUUUGUUCCACACCUCUAGACUGCUCUUCAGUCUUCAAUUCCUUUGUGUACGUUUUUUAAAUAUAUAUUUUCACCUCUCUGGCCGCCACGCCUGAUCAAGCCCUCGCUCUAGAUCACUAGCGUCUCUAGCCGAGCCAAUUAACUGGCCCGCGCUAGAAGCAUCUUGCCCCCGCCCCCUGAUUUCGUCUCCCUGCUGGUUUCUCUGCCAACUAGCUGCCUUUGAGCCUUUGACUCGAAUAAUAGCGUUUGGUCAUUGCGUCUUCGAAAACAAUCGUGUUCUCUCUUCUUCCUCUUCAUCUUCUUCGUUUUUGCGCUUUCAUUUCUCCGCUUCUCGGUGCCUUGAUGCGCAGUCUACGUUGUUCUUCAUUUCUUUUUCUUUUGCCAACUUUGCAAAAAAUUGAAAUUCUUUUUUUCUCUAUGGGUAGCAUUAUGUCUGCUCUUUUCUUUCGUACUCGCUUGCUGACUUAUUUCCCGCAAAGAGCGUCUAUUACUUGAACUCAGUAGUACUAUUAGAGAGGGCAUCAAGCCUUAAACAUG